AUGGCUGUCAAGACCAGACCAGCUGUUCCGGUGGUAAAGGGGACGGCAUCGGCUGACGAGAUCGCCGCCGCCCUCAAAGUGGCCGGGGGUGUGAUUAUUCGCAAUGCAGUGAGUCAGGAAGCUCUCGACCAAAUUGAACUCGACAUACGCCCUGGUCUUGAAAAUGACACGGCAUGGAACGGGUCAUUCUUUCCGGCACAAACCCGGCGCACAACCGCCGCGCUUCAGAAAUCUCCGACCUACGCACGUGAAAUUUGCAUGCAUCCACUGUUCCAAGGUGUAUCUAGCCGCUUCCUGACAGAGAAGCAAUGGUAUUGGUCCGGUACCGAAAAGCAAUGGACAGUCUCUCGCCCCCAACUGUCCAAUACGAUUGUAUUCAGUAUCGGUCCUGGCGCCGCCGCACAGCCUCUGCACCGCGACGACUCGAUCCAUCAGCGGGUUACCAAGUUCGCAGAGGUGUACCCGUCUGGUCGCGAAGGCACUCGCCGGGACAGCAGCAUUGGGUUUUUCGUCGCUGGCAAGAAGGCCACCAAAGCCAAUGGCGCCACCCGCUUCAUCCCUGGGAGUCACCUGUGGGACCACAAUAACCCUCCAAACGAGGAUCUUUGCGAGUAUGCAGAGAUGGAGCGCGGAGAUGCAUUCAUGAUGCUUGCUUCUUGUUUCCACGGCGGAUCGGCGAAUACCACUGCUGACGAAGAGAGGCUUAUUUUCUCCACCUUCAUGACGAAGGGAUAUUUGCGACAGGAGGAGAAUAUGUAUCUUUCUGUGGACCUGGAUGUGAUGAGGAAGUACCCCGUCGAUAUCCAGAAGGUUGCUGGAUAUAGCCUAAGUGAGCCGUUCCUGGGAUGGGUAGACUCGACCGAUCCUAGAAAACUGCUGGACCCCAAUAUUCCCGAUAACACUGAUAUGUGGACUGGAGUGGAGGAGCCGGCUGAUGAUUGGGCUUAG